AGGUUAUAUUACAUAACCUUUGUUUAUGUUUAUAUUUUAAACAUGGCAAAUAAAAGUGCCUUAGCUCUUAUUUGUAUCUAUGGUGAAGACAGUUCAGACGACGAUGUUUCAGGCCCCAGAGUGUCUACAAAACGAGUGCAUAAAGAUGAAGACGAAGAAAACGCCGUAAAAAGACGGGAACGAUUGCCCCUUCCAAGUGAAUUCCAAAAAGUUGAAAAUGUAUCUGAAUAUACAGAUGAUCCAUCUAAUCAUGAAGGACGAUUAAGAUCUUUUCCUCAUGAAAGGGGAAACUGGGCAACAUAUAUUUAUAUUCCUUAUGACAAGGACCAUUUUGGGAUACAAGAUUUAUUUUCGAAAAUACAACUGAUAAUACCGUCCACUAUUGAAAUUAAACCAGUUGAUGAUUUACACAUAAGUUUAACAAAAACGGUAAUUUUAAAACAUCAUUGGAUUCAGUCUUUCUCUGACUCAAUUAAGGAAAAUACUAUUUUUAUCAAAAAAUUUAUGAUAAUGUUUGAUGGUAUAAAGGUUUACUGUAAUGAAGAGAGAACAAGAACCUUUUUGGGUAUAACAGUAAAAUCUGGUCAUGAUUCCCUAAUAAAACUAGUCGAAAUAUUUGAUAGGUGUUUAUUGGAAUACAAGCUUUCCACGUUUUAUAAGGAUCCAUCAUUUCAUAUGAGCAUUGCAUGGGUUCAAGGAGAUUUUAAAGAAGAACUUGGCAAAUAUGUGACUGAAAUAAAUAAUGUAUUUAUUCAAUUAUUAAAUACUUAUACACAGGAUACUUGGUACAUCUAUGUAAAUUAUUUAUUAUGUAAGAUAGGAAACAAAUCGUUUCAAUUUAAUCUUUGUUAAUUUUAAAGUUCAACACAUGUUUUAAAAUUUUUAAUGUUUCCCAGC